AUGCCAUACCAUGCAUUUCCUGUACUUAAUCAUAAUUUUCUCGUAGACAAGAAAUAUGAGUUUAUUCGAGAGUUGGGCCAAGGUGCCUAUGGUGUUGUAUGUGCAGCUAAAAAUACUGAAACAAAAGAAAGUGUUGCCAUCAAGAAAGUAACAAAAGUUUUUGAUAAAAAUAUUUUAGCUAAACGUGCUUUACGAGAAGUAAAGUUAUUAAAACAUUUCAAUGGACAUGAAAAUGUUGAGCUUAUGGAAGCCGAUCUUCAUCAAAUCAUUCGUUCAGAACAACCGCUCACUGAUGCACAUUUUCAAUAUUUUGUAUAUCAAAUCUGCAGAGGAUUAAAAUAUAUUCAUUCUGCAAAUGUGCUACACAGAGAUUUAAAACCUGGUAAUUUACUAGUAAAUGCUGAUUGUGAACUCAAGAUUUGUGACUUUGGUCUUGCUCGUGGAUUUUCAGAUUCACCAGAUCAUGAUGCAGGGUUUAUGACUGAAUAUGUUGCAACACGUUGGUAUAGAGCUCCUGAAAUCAUGUUAAGUUUUCAAAAUUAUACUAAAGCCAUAGGAUGCAUUUUUGCAGAAAUGCUUGGAGGAAAACCUUUAUUUAAAGGACGUGAUUAUGUUGAUCAACUUAAUCAAAUUCUAAGUAUUUUGGGUACACCUGAUGAAGAAACUUUAAGAAGAGUUGGAAGUGACAGGGCUCAAAUAUACAUUCGUAGUCUUCAAAGAACGCCAAAAAUUCCUUUUUCACAACUUUACGCAAGAGCAAAUCCUUUAGCACUUGAUCUGCUAGAAAAACUUUUAAAGUUUGAUCCUUCAAUAAGAAUCACAGUCGAACAAGCCCUUGCGCAUCCAUAUUUGGCUGCUUAUCACGAUGAAGAAGAUGAGCCAUCACAUGAAAAAUUAUUUGAUUUUUCUUUUGAAACUGUUAAUUCAUUAGAAGAAAUGAGGGGAAUGAUUGUUCAAGAGGUGGUGUCUUUUAAAAAAUCUAAACAAGCAGUAUUAACUGUUAAUGGUGCGCAAUUAGGCCGAAAACCAAGUCUAUCAGCCCAUGAACGUGAUUCAAUAAUGCAACCACGUCAACGGCAGCAACAGCAGCAGCAAAACAAUUAUGAUUCAUAUGCUGCUAGUCAACACGGAAUUAUAAAACCAGAAAAUAUGGAAGUAGAUGAGCAAUUGGAAAACGAAUUGGGUGGUUACAUAAACUAUCAGCAAUAA